AUGUCUUUACAUUUCUCUGCAGAUAAGCUCCCCGUCUCAGAUACUGAUUCGGACCGCUCAUCGACAUCGGAAGACGAGGACGAUCUCACAUGGGACGACUGGGUUUCCGACUCCAUGGACACCAGACCAUGCAAAUCCCUUUUCGACCAGGAAAAGACGUUCACUUCCGUUCCGGAGGCACUAAAUCACGAUAAACUCGUUCAUGGCGUCGACCUGGAUGAAACAUGUGCGCGUCUAGCUUUGGAUCUCCAUCAGCGUAUUCGCCUCAUAAACUGGAUUCGAAAAGAGAAACCUGCACCAUCGCAAGUGCUCGAUCUAAAGGGAGACGAGGCCUUGCUUUCUUCAGAUGAAUAUCUCAUUCCGGUAAUUGAGGAUGACCCACUUCUGCAGAUUACAUCCGCCGAUUGGUCAGAUUCGGACGAGGAUGUCUUUGCCGAUCCGCGGGCGAUGCCAGAUAAUAUCCAGACCGCGACGCGUAUGAUACAUGCCCUCGAAAAGAAGCUUGGCAAGGCUAAGCAAGACUUGGCCGAUUAUCGUACUUUUGUCGGUGAUCGCUUGAAUUUCUCGGGCUUAUCUGAAGUACUUGCGGGCGAGCCUUCUUCUACCGCUAAUCUGGUCGUUCCGCCUCGAGACGAUGACACUCACUAUUUCCAGAGCUAUGGAGAAAAUGACAUACAUACCAUCAUGAUACAGGAUAAGGUACGGACGGCAACGUACGCGCAAUUCAUCAUGUCUACUCCCGAACUCUUCAAAAAUGCUGUCGUGCUCGACGUCGGUUGUGGGACUGGUAUACUAUCCCUUUUUGCUGCACGAGCCGGUGCAAAGCACGUGUUUGCGGUUGAUGCAAGCCCUAUCGCACAUAAAGCAGAAAAGAUUGUCAAGGAUAAUAAACUUGAAAACACAAUCACCGUUAUCCAUGGCAAGGUGGAGGACAUUCAGCUACCUGAAGGUAUCACGCAUGUGGACGUUAUAAUCUCGGAGUGGAUGGGCUACGCGUUAUUGUACGAAUCUAUGCUGGAUUCAGUCUUGCGAGCGCGAGAUCGAUUCCUUCGACCCGAGGGCGGAGUGAUGGCUCCCAGUCAAUGUAGAAUGAUGCUCAGUCUGUGCGAAGGCAGUGAGAUAUACAAGGAUCGCGUAAGCUUCUGGAGCGACGUGUAUGGAUUUGAUUUGGCUGCGAUGUCGAACGACGUGUACGAUAAUGCCAUCGUUGACGUCGUAGGCUCAGGUACUAUGCUCAGCGAACCUCAUACACUCAAGGACCUAUUCCUUGGCACCGUCACAUCAAAACAGCUCGAUUUCUCCGCUCCGUUCACGUUGACAUCCACGGCCGAGCGACGUACCAAAGUGCACGCGCUUGUUCUCUACUUUGAUGUAUUCUUCGCAGAAGAUGGCCAGCCGGUGCCUCCAGAGAAAAAGGCAUAUGUUGCUCGCGAAGGCGACCCACUUCUUGCGGAGGUAUGGCCUGUGGGCGGACGGCGGCAUCCUGCGCGUCGCAUGAGCUCUGGCGAGGGACUUAAGCGAACCAAAGUGUCGAGCUUCAGUACUGGCCCGGAGUCGGUACCGACGCACUGGAAGCAGACUGUGUUCUUGCUCCGGGAGCCCAUCAAUGUACACGAAGGUACGGUCGUUUCAGGAACUUUCAAGUGUCGCAAGAGCAAAGAUAAUUCACGCGAAUUGGACGUAGAGAUUUACUACGUGACAAAGGAGUCUGCAGAAGCAGCGCCCGAGGGCGACGCUGUGGUGCAAAUAUUCAAGGUACGGUAG